CUCAGAUGUGCUGAUCAUCAUCAAGAGAUAACUGUUACCACAGCCCCCCUGUGGGCACCCAUGUUAUUGCUCAAUAACAAUACUUGCUCUACUAUAGCUGAUUUAAAACGAAGUAUGAAAACUAACUUGGACAAAAAGCAGUACAAAUCAUCACUAGUUAUUGAGUCAUAUAAAAACUUACAAAUGUUAUGUUCUGCAAAUAUCCUUCAGAGCAGAGCCUUUUGGUUAGAUCAGAAGUAAUCUCUGAGCUUCUGAUAAUUCUCAGGACCUUAGGGGUUGACAAUGGCAGCUGUUGAACUUUUCAUAGCACUCCACUAUUCAAAGAGUGAUGUGGAGAUACAAACAGGUACGAUCAUCAAAAAUUACAUUCCUAAAAUGAGUAACCUCUGCAUGUCUGCUCUUCCUCAGGAUCUGCCAGAAGCCUGGCUAAGGACUUGGAUCACCUUAAAAAAGAAACAGUUUUGAUGUGGAGAUUGCCUUACAGUAUUUAAAAACAUAGGUAUUACAGCUUUUUGUACUUACAUUGUUAUACUUCACAACUCCGUACAAAAUGCAUAUGGCUCAAGUAACAUAAUAGGGACAUUAUUUAAUUCUCUAGGAUUGCGGCAAGAUUCUCUCAUACUUCCCAAGUAAGAAUUUAAAUUGGUAAUAAGAACCUGUCGUAAAAAAUAAAAAAAAAUGUCAUUUCGCCCUUCACGCAUUCGAAUCGUAUUAGGAACUGAAAAAAAUAAAACAUAACUGGAACUUGAAGAUUAGAAAACAUACCUAGUGUAUCUUGAGCUCAUCACUACUCUUCUGUCGUUCUGUCCGUUCUGUCUACGCUGUUGUUAUGGCGUUCCGUGUCUAAUUGUCAAGAUGCACCAGAAAACUUUAAAUAAAUAAAUAGAAGAACUCCUGAGUUAAUUCACAAAGUUUACUAUAAAGAAGUGUCUUGAGCUCAGUAAAAGGAUGGCUGACGUCCGGGAUAUUAUGGAGUUGGAGAGGCCCCCAACUCCUGAAAUCACUAGGGAAAGUAUCUUGGGGGCUGACAAAGUGAAGAAACGCAUUUCUACAGGUCCAAAGGUACCUAAGCGGCCUGAAGGAAUGCAUAGGGAGGUUUAUGCCCUCCUCUAUAAUGAUACAAAAGAUGCUCCACCACUUUUUCCAACAGAUUCAAUUAGGAACAAUGGAUAUAAACAAACAAAGAUCAAGUUGGGGAUGAGAAAACCGAGAAAAUGGGCUUGGAUACCUUUUACCAAUCCUGCUAGGACAGAUAAUGCAACCUUUUACCAUUGGCGAAGGCCAUCAGAUGAACCCAAAGAAUAUCCUUUCGCUAAAUUCAAUAAGAAAGUGGAUUUGCCAUCAUAUACUGAUGUAGAAUAUCAACAGCAUUUAAAGUGUGAUGGGUGGACAAAAGAGGAGACAGACCAUCUUAUUGAUUUGGCUCAAAGGUUUGACUUACGUUUUAUCAUCAUGGCUGACAGAUAUGAUACAGAGAAGUAUUCAAAAAGAUCUGUAGAAGAUUUGAAAGAUAGAUUUUAUAAAAUUUGUGGUAUACUUGCUAAGUUGAGUGGUGAAAAGAAAAUAUACACAUAUGAUGCAGAACAUGAGAGAAGACGGAAAGAGCAGUUGAAAAAGCUCCAAGAGAGAAAACCUGAGCAGAUUGAAGAGGAGCAAUUCUUACUAGGAGAAUUGAAAAAGAUAGAGGCGCGGAAAAAGGAGAGGGAGAGAAAAACACAAGAUUUACAAAAAUUGAUCAGUCAAGCUGAUAAUCAGAAUGAAACUCCUAGAAAGAUUGAUAAAAAGCUACCCAAAAAGAAAAUUGCAAAUCCGUCUCGACCAUCUAGGGUAGACACCAAUCACAUAUUACAGGUUAUUGAAACUGCUGGUAUAAAAUUCCCUGACUAUAAAAACAGUGGCGUUUCACUUAGAUCGCAAAGGAUGAAGUUGCCAACAAAUUUGGGCCAAAAGAAAUCAAAGGGAAUUGAACAGAUUUUGCAAGAACUUGGGCUAGAACUGAAUCCAACACCAACAGAAGAGGUAUGUCUGCAUUUCAAUGAACUGAGAAGUGAUAUAGUACUACUGAUGGAAAUAAAGGCAGCUCUUUCAACUUGUGAGUUUGAACUGCAGUCAUUGAGACAUCAGUAUGAAGCUCUAAAUCCAGGAAAGACUCUCACAAUUCCGCCACAAUUGCUGUCAGGAAAUUCUGAAUCAGAAAUAAAAGUGGCUUCUGGAGAGAUCAUUGAUGUUGUGGGAUCACCUGGGACACCAUCUAAUACUUAGCUGAUCAUUAUUAGGAUAUAAACAAUUACUUGCAAAGAUUUGAAACUAGAAAGAAGUUGUAAUUUAAAACGUUAUUUUACCUAUAUAAUAAUCUCAUGUGAUUUUUUUCAUAAGAAAUUAUGUCAGUUACUAUAACUAGCGCAAUUAUAUUUGACAAAUGCAGUUAAAAUGUAACUGCAUAUACCUAUACUGUAUGUUAAUAUUAUUUAAUAAAGCAGAUAUCAAUUAAG